AAUUCAUAUUGACAGUCAUAAAUAACAAAUGUCAAUUUCAUAUUAAAACUGAAUUCUGAAAGUACUUGACAAGAAGUACUUUUCUUUAUUCAAAAAGCAAAUAAUUUCUAAACAGAAACAUCUGAUAGAACCUUCGUAGUAUCUGAGUAAAAAGUAUUUAAAGAUGGGCGGCGACAGCCAUGGCCACGGACCACCGUACACCAUCCCUCAUUAUUCACAGUUCCAGAUAAAGGGUAUUCCUGAGCUUGAGGAAGUGCAAAAAGAACUCGCUAAAAGAGGCUUAAAGGAUCCUUGGCUGAGAAAUGAAGCCUGGAGAUAUCACCCUGGCUUUGGGACUCGCUGGUUUAAGGCUCGCAAAUUUUUCUUCCGAGGCCUGCCCAUUGGUAUCGGGCUCACCGUUGCCACUGUCGCCUAUGACAAGCUCAUUGGUGGAGACCAGCAUGGUCAUGGCCAUGCUGAACAUUAGAUUGUGUACUUUCAAGUGUGUUAGUUAAAUAAAAAUCAAUUAUUUGGAA